UCAUCUGAAUCCUUGGAUUUCGCGCUGACUCGCUUCUGACAACACAGCGAGGCUCAUCGGCUUUCUGCUUUCUGGACGUAUCGUUUAAAGAUUAACUAAGUGACCGAUAAAAUGCACUGUUGCAGAAGUCAUAGUCUCAAUUGUCUCUUAACUACCUUAGGGUUGCUCAUAUCUUGUUCUCAAGGUGUGGAAUACAUCACUACAUGUGGACUCAGGUGUUCUCAGGGUCUCCAAUGGAGAAGCAAAAAUGUGACUACUCGUUACCAUGAGAGUGGCUGUCACCAACAACCAUCAUCAAUGCCCUCAAACAUUUUUGAGGACCUCAAAAUAUUGACAGUGUUGAAAUGCAUGAAGGAAAGACAUUGUUCCCUAUUUCUGAAGGUUAAAGGGACAUUGAUACUCAAUGAACACAUCCGUGGUGUGGAGAUAUGCUCUUCUUCGACAAACUACUUUCCAACCCAAUGUAUAACUGUGAAAUUCAAUAAACAGAAUUAUAAGGAGUUCAUUGCACAACCUGUGUUUGUUGAGUAUGGUUGCUUCAGUACUUCAAUUGCUGACCGUAGUUCUGUCACCAUUCGAACAAUCCCUUACUAUUGUGGUGUUGAUCUACAACAAGAGCAUCGAGUAGAAGAUUGUACAGAUAAAGAUAUUGGACGAAAUAUCCCAACUUGCAGAGUUGGUAAAUUGGACUAUGUUAUUGAAAAAAAACAGAAGACAUUAUCAGUCCAAGUCUCAGACUUCCUUGAAGAUCAUGCCUACCAUGUCCGUUUAUGCCUCAAAUGGUUUGUGUGUGAAGAUUUGAGAACAAGUGCAUUGAUUGAGGUAGAAGACCCCAAAACUGUCACUUUAUCAUACUCGUACAUCUUGCCCUGCCUGUGCAUUGAGGGCUGGUCAGCACUUCCUGAUGCUACGAGGAUCCAAGUUUGUCCAUUUAAAAACUAUACGGAGGAACUCUGGAAUGACGUAACAUACAAUCACAUAUCGCAGGAGUUGGCAUGGAAACUAUCCUGCCCUGUUGAUGUUGAUGUAACUCUCUGCUCGAUGGAUGAAAACAAUGAGCAUUGCAUCGAUCUACAGGACUCACUCUACAAAGCACCGUUCCAGGUCAAGUAUUCACGCAUUGAUCCGCAUCCAAAACUCUGCAUGAAGUUUACCACAGACAAAGGUUCUUGGGUCAGAUGUCCUUUUGCUUAUGGAUAUUUACCAGCUUGGAAUAUGAGUGUCACUGGGCAACUAAACAAACUGCAGCUUACGCUUCUUACUGAAGACAAAGCAGAAUUCAAGGUGGCUCUCUGCAACAGGACCUCAGCCAACAAGUGUGAACCAAUAGAGGAGCAAUAUGUUACUGCAGGAACAGUUGGUGCCUAUUCUGCAGUAUUCAACUUUCCUCAGGAAGAUUGUGACAACAACAUUUGUGUUCAGGGAUGGCGGACAGAUGUGGAAUAUUCUGCCCGUGUACAGAUCUGUGGCGUGUUUUGCGAACAAAAUGUAUCAUGUGCGCCCCCACAGUUUCUCUGGCCAAUGGCGAUCACUGCGAUUUUAUUGAUUACGGUGACUCUGGUGAUCUUUACUGGCUACUUAUUAUUCAGAGCUCUUCAACGGCCUAACCAGAAAGCGUUCCUGUAUUCAAGCCAAUUAUCCAGAAGCAUCGACAUAGAAGUGAAAGGAACUUCUGACUUUUGAACAUUUUAUCAUCUGCUUUGAACUGAUGAAAGAACGUUGGUGUGAAGUUUACUCCAGGCAGCUUGUGUGAAAAUGAAUGCUUUUGGACCAACAGUAGAUGUCCCGGUAUACAUUCCUAUAGAAGAUGAACGUCAAUAAAUGUAGCAUUUGGAGUUUGUUCAAUAAUUUUCAAAGAGAAACUUGAGUGUUUAGUUAAGAAAGGGGAAAAGACUAAUAGCUUUGUUUGAUAUUGUAGCUGUUAUGUUCCUGAUAAUAAUCAACUCUUUAUCAUUUCAGUCUUAACAUGUGUGGACAAACUACAUAGAACUACUUAAUUUGUACAAACUGUCAAAUGUAUGUGGAUUAUUGUUAGCAAAUUUAUAUAACAUGAGUGUUUGCAUCUUUUGUUGUUUGCUUUUAACUUAAAGGCACGUUAUGGAGAAACAAACCCCCAAUUUUUAUUUGUGCCUAUCCUUGAAACAAAGGCUGACUAGAUACCUGAGUCGUUUAAAUGGUAACACAUCUCUGUCUGGUGCAGAAGAAGAGAGAUUCUUUCUUUGCAGAAAGUCAAUCCCAUUUUCAAUCUUGUCCUAAACAUGUAAUACACAGAAGGGCUUAGAGUCAUAGAGUGAUACAGUGUGGAAACAGGCCCUUUGGCCCAACUUGCCCACACUGGCCAACAUGUCCCAGCUACAUUAGUCCCA